CCUUCACCGAGGGUUGGGCUCGAAGACCCAAGAUCUAUAAACCCAAGGAAUCUAUCAACGGCAGUAUUCAGAUAUUCUCUAGGGUCUACGUUGGCCCUUUGCAGUACCAAGUGCAGUCAACGCUGGCGGAAAAAGGCGCCAGUAUCUAUCUGCCUUGAGUUCCACGGCAGUCAGGGGUGAAUCAAGUCCGCCCAUCAUCGCACAGGUCAGGGCAAGAAGGGUGGCGUGUGUAGACCACCAGCCCGCAAGAUGACGGUUGACGGCCAAGACUUGGAGUCGGAAACCAUGAGAUUUGAGAUUCUCAAAACCGCCCUGAAAGAUGGUGGCGGUGCGACAGCCCGGUUGGGCCGUCUGGCCUUUGCAGGCCGUCUUCCCAUCGACACGCCGAACUUCAUCGCCGUAACGUCAAGAGGCACCCUGCCGCAUCUCACCCCCGACAAUGUUGACAAACACCUGCAAGUCUCUGGCGCAUAUUUGGCUCUGGAGGACUUCAUUGAGCGCCCUCAGGCAUACUCUAAGAGGAUACCCCCUAUCUUUGAGACUCCGACGACCUUGAAACACAACACGCGCCUUCACAGCUUCACCGCCAUGCCAUCAUCAGUGACCACAGUCCUGAGCGCCCGCCGCCUCCCCGCCGUGCCAUCGCCCAUGGGCAACACCAACGUGUCCAUUUCCGUUUUCACCUCAACAGGAUUCCAGGUACUCACUACGAACGAGUACUUGUCGGCCGUCCAAACACUCCGUCCGGACAUCGCCAUUCCGCCCGCAGACCUCACGCACAGCGCCAUCACUCCCAAUUCGAAACGGGCUUUGCGCAUGGCCGAGCGCACCGACGAGUGGGUCGUCGAGUGGUUCUCCAAGCUCCCCGCCGACAGCAGGAUAUCCACCUUCGCGCCCGUCCUGCCGAUCUCCUACUCUAUCCAGUGGGAGUACGUCUCGCGCCUGGCCGAGGACUACCUGCCCUCAUCGCAGCUCUCCGGCCUGGCCAUCUACGACCCGGAUCUGUUGCCCGACCUCGCCGAGCAUUGCGCGUCCCUCCUCCCGCUCCCUCGUCUCGCCCUCUCCCACCCGCCGACACCGCACCACAUCCUGCGACACAUCGCCCUCGGCAUAGACGUCUUCACGCUGCCCUUUAUCAACACCAUAUCCGACGCCGGGCUCGCGCUCGACUUCUCCUUCCCUCCUCCGCCUCUCACUUCUCGCCAGCUCGACGGCAGCGGCUCAUCAGCACCGCUCCUGCCCCUAGCAACAGACCUCUCCCUGCCGCACAACGCCACCUCCCUCGCCCCGCUGUCGCCGGACUGCAGCUGCUACGCCUGCGCGUCCCACCACAGGGCCUACAUCCACCACCUGCUGUCGGCGCGCGAGAUGCUCGGGUGGACGCUGCUGCAGAUCCACAACCACGCCGUCGUGUCGGCGUUCUUCGCCGGCGUGCGGGCGACGCUCGCGCGGGGCCCGGAAGCGUUCGAGGGGGCAGCGGCGCAGUUCGGGAGGGUAUACGAGCCCGAGUUCCCCGAGGGCACGGCGCAGAGGCCCAGGGCGAGGGGUUACCAGUACAAGAGCGUCGGUGGUGGGGAAGGGAAGAGGAAUAAACCCGCUUGGGGGAAAUUGGAGGCUAAGGAUCAAGAUGAGGAAAGAGGGACGAAGGAGGAAGGGGCGUGAGGAGUGUCGUUUUGUUUUUGGGUAGGUAUGGUUUUAAGAUAAUGAUGAGCUGAGUAUAGAAGACGGGAAUGUAGAGCUCCUUUGCCCGAUAGAAACAAGACGAAAUAUAGUGGGAGAAGAGGAAGUAAAAAGGAAAAGAAAAGAGAACAACAAUAGAAGGGAUAAUAAAGGCACAGCCAGCCUGGGACCUGUGUAUGUACAUUACACGCUAUACCCUAGA